AUGUCUCUCGCACUUCCCUCAAAGAAAUUUGAUUGGGAUCGUCCACUUGUAGACUUUGAGUGGGAAGACUCCUCGUUCAUUGAUACCUUGAUCGAAGCUCACGAUGCCGGCGGCACCCCCUUGGAGCUUUUCUUGGGGAUUCCAGAGCACUCCCCCCGCCAUGACUACGAGUUUCCGAUCUUGAAUGCUGUUUGCCCAGACCAAGUUCUUCUAGCUAUUAGAGAAGGCUCAAUCUUGUUGCCUGAUAAUAGCGUCGUCUGGCUGCAUGAUAGAAGCUUGAACGACGGCUCUCGUUCUUACAACGGGGUCAAAACGGCACGCGAGUUUCAUCAACUACUGAGAUUGAACAGGUUUGGUCAAGACGACCAGUGCAAUGCGGAGGCUAGAUUAAUGCAUAUCCCCAAUCCGGAUCGAUGGACAAUUGGGCCUCUCAUUCUGAGUGCUUCUCAAUUACAAAUCCCAGUAUACAGAGAAUUAUUCAUGAAGCAUUUUGAGGGAGACAGUCACAUUAGAAUGACCUUUUCGCCUUGUCGGAGGACCUUUGCCCUCCAAUUUCAUCUUCCAUUCUUUGCUUGGCGUGGAUCGACAGAGCCCUGCCGAGAUGCCCGUUCCACAUCGGAUGGUGUGCCAACAAGAGAGACCACCGACGUCUCUUUCCUGUCUACCCCAAUAUCAGGUGAGACUUCCAAUGCAAAGGUCAAAGAACGCGAGUUUCUCUAUGAAGCUCAAAACUCAAUUGCAGUUUUCGGUUGGAACCGGACAAUUUGGACAGCUUGCUCUCUUGCCGACACCUACUUCUACCCGGAUGCAGUGAAUCCAGACAAUGAGGAUCUGUUGAUCUACUACCGAGACGUCGAAGAAAUUGAAUGGGAUGCAGUAUCAAUGGCCGAAUUGCCGAUCGACAGUGUUAGCAUUAGUGACCCGAGAGAAUAUUUUCUCAUGGUUCUAAAGAUUCGCGGUGAGAAAUGCAAAGAUGAAUGGAGGAAUGUUCUUUAUCACAUGAAAAUCGGAGUCCGGAAAUAUCUACGCGCUCCUCACGUUCCACGGUUGAGACAAAAGCAGACACUUGGUAAUGCAGAUGACCAAGCUGAAGCAAUAGAGAAAAGUGAAGCUUGGGUCAAAGAAGUGAACUCGAUUCUGACACGUCUUACCGAGACAUUGUCUAAAACGAUCACGGCAUGGGAUACAUUCUCUUCUCGGGAUGCAGUCCUUAUUGCAGGUUCUUUUGAGUCCAGUAGCUCAAAAAAUGCCGAGUUUCUGCUCUAUGACAUCGCUGUUCUGGCCGACGAACUCAGAAAGAUUUGGGUCGAUCUCAAGGGUCUCGAAGGUUUAAUCGAGAAGUUUAAAGCACAGGUAUACCUCUUCAAAACAACUAUUACCACUUUCUUACUGAAAAUAUGCUUACUCAAGCCGUAUCGAAGUUAA